CGGUUUUCUUACACCAGAGUCAGAGAGCUCUUUGCUUUGGAUCAGCGUAAGCAUGGAGUCGAAGGUUUUGUCCUGUGUGUGUCUCUUGUGUAUGGUUCUGUUACCGGUGGUGUGGGCUAAUGACUAAAGGUUUUUGGGACGCUGAUGGCAACUACGUAGAAUCUGUUAAGUGUGGCUGGAAUCACUGCUGUGGAAGCUGCAAAGUCAGAUACUGCUGUGAUGACAACUAUCUCCUCCUUACCCAAGAACAACAAGAGCGGUGCCCUGAAAGUAAUGCAAAAAUGAAGUCAAAGAACAUCGGCACACUUACAGGUGCCAUCAUUGGAGCUGUCCUCCUGUUGCUGCUCAUUGUGUUGGUGAUCAUCUGCUGUGUGGUUCCAUGCUGCUUAUGUUACAAGUGGCGUAAAAGAAGACAACGAAAUACGGUAAACACCACCACUGUAAUCCACGUUCCUGCUUCAGUUCCCCCUGCUCAGUAUCAGCCCUCAUACCCAGGCUACCAGUCUGUACCUCUACAACCUGGGAGCACCAUGUCCUUCCCAACAGCACCGCCAUCAUACCUGGAAGCUACUGAUCCAAGCUGCUCAUCACCUCCAGUGGAUCAUGGACAGAUGCCUCCGUACCCUGUCCACCCUCAACCAACAGAUGAGCGUAUCCAGCUGCCCUACAACCCUGCAUAUUGUCCAAACCCCUAAACCAGACUCCAAAUCCAAAUAGUUUGGUAGAACUCUAUAUUUUCAAUCUAUGGCUGGACCACCGUUGUCUCCACAAGACUACAAGAGGUGUGUAUUCCAUUACAUGUGGAUUCACAUUUUCUGGAAAUUACAAUAAAAUCAUUUCUGUGUUUAGAAUUUUUUUUUUUUUUUAUCAUACUCCAUUUGGGAAAUGGAUUUGCUUGAAGUACUAUUUCUUUGGUGCUAAUGCUGUUUCAUGGAUACAAUGAUUGUAAUUACCACUUAUUUCGCUGUGCAUGUUUUAAAAGCACUUUUACUGGUACUUUUAGGUAUUCAUAUUUAAAUAUGUUAAAUGUAAGAGGAGUACUAUAAUUAGUAAAACAUAUACAAUACAACCAGAAUGAUAUUGUUUGUAAAAAAAAAAAAAAAAAAAAAAAAAAAAAUUACAAAUUGAUUAAGCUUUGACUCAAGAGUGAGAGCUAAUUUUGUUCAGUUCUGCUGUACUUCCUUGUCUGUGUAAUAAAUUCUGCCACUAGAGGACA